UUUGCGUCGUCUGCUUUCAGACUCCAUGAUCUGCUGCCGAGCGGCGCGCCGCGAUCAUCCCCGCGUGCGUACAUGACGCCCCUCCGCGCGUCGAGCGGCGCUCAUAUCUCCGCUCAAAUGGACUAAGAGUGAUCUCGUGAGGAUGGAGAGCGUUAAACUGAAGAAGAGCAGCGCUCUGAGUGUGGCCUUGAGAUCCACAGCAGACCACAAGGAUGAAGAAGAAGACGAUGAAGGCCAGAGAGCGUCAAACCCCCGUCAGACGAGCUCAGACGAGCCGCGGACCCGAAGCCAGAGCCCAGCCGAGCUCAGUAAAGCCUGCAAGAGCAGCUCCAGUCUGCUGCUGAGGAAGAGGAGGGUAAAGAGGCAUGUGUCCAGCAUCAGCUCGUCUCAUAGCCGCAGUCAGACGCUGCUGAGACACAGAGCCAGUCCUCAGCUGCAGCUGUCCGACCGCCAGUGGGUCCGCCAGGACCUGCGCCGUGGCUCCGUACACGUGCACGACCGGCUGCUGGUGCGGUCUCAGCCGGCCCGGCCCGUUCUGUGCACCGUGGAGAGCUCAGCGGCCGAGAUAGCCCAGCGCCUGCAGCAGGCCAGCGGCAAAUCAGGCUCGGUCCUGAGGCUGAACGCCAAGAGCUACCCGUCUAACGGGAACUGCGACGGCGAGUACCCACUUAGACACCUUCACACAGGGGCCGAGAGCCUCCCGGACCAGCCCAACGACCGGCUGCGGCUCCUGCUGCUGGAGAAGGACCAUCAGUACCAGCAGCAGGAGUACGACAUCUACACACCCUCCAAAGUGGACCGCGCGUCCCCACAGGACGAGGACUCAGUCAAGAGGUCCGCGGGCUCCGAUGUGGAGAGCAGCAGCGCUUGCGACGACCUGAGCUCCGGGGCCCGGUUCAGCCAGCACCGGGACUCGCUCAGCGACGACAUGAUCCUGGGCACGGAGGCCUCGGCGUUCGACAGCAGCGCCGCAGAGGGCCUGGACACAUACGGCAGCUCCUCGGACGAGCUGGAGCUGGACUGUGCGACGGGGCCCGUCCUGCCGGACCCCGAGACGGAUGAAGCCGAAACCCCGGCCGCCGGGAGCAGUCCAGACGAAGCGGUCACAGAUUCGGACUCCAGCCCGGCGCUGUACGUUCAGCUGCACGGCGAGGCCGCCCGGCGUCUGGGGCCCGAUGAGAGGCCCCUACAGAUUCAGAACGACUUUCUCUUUAAACUGGGAUUUAAAGACCCUUGGCGGGUCCAGGAGGAGGGGAUGAACACUGAGCUGGGAUCACUCCUGCGCUUCUACGCAGGAAAACCUCACAGCAUCGAGAGCUCCGAGCGCAUCCAGCUCUCUGGAACGUAUAACGUAAGGAAAGGAAAGCUGCAGCUGCCAGUGAACCGCUGGAGUCGACGGCAGGUGAUUUUAUGUGGCACUUGCCUGAUGGUGUCCUCAGUGAAGGCCAGCCAUACGGGCAAGAUGCACAUUCUGCCACUGAUCGGAGGAAAGGUACUGAACUCACACCUUAUCAUCCUACGGGGAAUGUUUGUGGUGUCUCAGAGGAUCAGCUCGGUGGAUCUGUCCUGCUGUAGUCUGGAGAAGCUGCCGUCUAAUCUGCUGUACAGUCAGGAUCUGACGCACCUCAACCUCAAGCACAACUUCCUUCCUGCUGACCAGACGCUGCUGCAGCUGCAGAGAUUCUCCCGCCUGCGGAGCCUCAAUCUCUCUCAUAAUCAGCUGCGGAGUUUCCCGCUGCACAUCUGCUCCAUCAGCACACUGACGGAGGUCAACCUCAGCUGCAACCUCCUGACCUCCAUCCACCCCGACCUGGCCAACAUGAGCCAUCUGCAGACGCUGGUUCUGGACGGGAACCUGCUGUCUGCUCUCCCAGUGGAGCUGGGUCGUCCGGUGAAGAACGUGUGUGAUCUGAUCCACUACAUUACACUCAGACGCUCACACAGCGUGAGGAAGCCCAGAUUGAGUAUCUUCACAGUGUUGAUGGAUGAGAUCUCAGUGUGCAGUGAAUGCAGUGAGUUGUUUCUCCGUCUCAUCAGUCUGAAUCAGAUCUCCGCUGUGCUGCCGGACGAGCCAGAGUUUCUGCAUCACGUGACGCAGCUGGAUGUGAGAGACAACCGUCUGAGUGAGCUGGACGCGUCUGUCUUCCCGCGGCUGGAGGUGCUGCACUGUCAGAGGAACCGCAUCACACGUCUGCGUCUGCGCGGCUGCGUGCUCAAAGCUCUCUACGCCUCCAGCAACGAGCUGCAAGAGCUGCACAUGAGUCCUGCGGCCUCCGGCCUCACAUACCUGGACAUCUCCAGGAACUGCAUGAAGGCUCUUCCUGAUUGGCUGAGUGACAGCAGGAAGCUGGAGGUUCUAGACGUCAGUCACAAUCACAUCGCUGAGCUUCCUCCGUGGCUGCUGUGCAGUGGGAGUCUGAGGAAGAUCCUGGCGGGUCAUAACCAGCUGAAGCGUCUGCCGGAGCGUGUGGAGCAUCCAGCGGUGGAGGUGCUAGACCUGCAGCACAAUCAGCUCACAGAGCUUCCCUGCAACCUCUUCCUCAAACCAGAGAGUUUGCGGUGUCUGAACGCGUCAGCUAAUAAGCUGGAGAAUCUGCCGCCGUCCAGCCUUUCAGAGGAGAGCAGCAGCGUCCUGCAGGAGCUGUACCUGACCAACAACCACCUGACCGACAGGUGUGUGCCGCAGCUGACCGGACACACACACCUGAGGAUCCUGCACAUGGCCUACAAUCACCUGCAGACCUUCCCAGCCAGUAAAAUGGCCAAGCUGGAGGAGCUGGAGGAGCUGGACCUGAGUGGGAACAGGCUGAAGGCGGUGCCCUAUACACACACUAUACGCACACACACACACACACACACACACACACACACACAUAAGCAUUACAUUACAUCAACACCAUCACAGAAUUGCGUGGAUCUGAGCUGUAACGAGCUGCGUGAGAUCACUUUACCUGACAGUCUACCUCCUAAACUCCAAGAGCUGGAUCUGACGGGAAACCUGCGUCUGAAUCUGGACCACAAGACCCUCGAGCAGCUCAAUAACAUCCGCUGUUUCCGGAUCGACCCGCCCCCUUCGUCGUUCUCAGCCAAUGAGGCGGCAGGAGGGCCGGCUGUCUGGAGUCACGGCUACACCGAAGCCUCGGGCAUCAAAAACAAACUGUGUGUGGCGGCGCUGUCGGUGAACAGCUUCUGCGGCAGCAGAGAGGCUCUGUACGGCGUGUUUGACGGAGACAGGAACGUGGAGGUGCCGUAUUUACUGCAGUGCACCAUGAACGACAUACUGGCCGAGGAGCUGCAGAGGACCAAGAGCGAGGAAGACUACAUGACCAACACCUUCCUCGUCAUGCAGAGGAAGUUGGGCACAGCAGGGCAGAAGCUGGGCGGUUCUGCGGCGCUCUGUCACAUCCGGCACGACCCCACUGACCCCACCGGCUGCUUCACCCUCACCGCUGCUAAUGUGGGCAAGUGUCAGGCGGUGCUGUGCCGCGACGGCAAGGCGCUUCCGCUGUCACUGCUGCACAACAUCAGCAUCAAGGAGGAACACAACCGCGUGCAGCAGCAUAAAGCCAUCAUCACUGAGGACAACAAAGUGAACGGCGUAACAGACUCCACACGCAUCAUGGGCUAUUCGUUCCUCUACCCAGCAGUCUUACCGUGUCCGUACGUCACCACGCUCCCGCUGACCCCCAGAGACGAGUUCUUCAUCCUGGGCAGCAGAGGUCUGUUUGAAGUCUUGGACCCCAGCGAGGCGGUGGAAGCCGUACGGAAGGUUCCCGACGCGCUGGCGGCCGCUAAGAAGCUGUGCACGCUGGCGCAAUCAUACGGCUGCACCGAUAGCCUCAGCGCCGUGGUGGUGCAGCUCAAUGUGGCUGAAGACUGUUGUUGUUGCUGCUGCGCGGCGUCCGCUGAGCCCGGCUCUGGAAGCAUGCAUGCACCGCCGCAGCCCCCGCCGAGCCCCAGCCUGUACCCGGCCUCCUGCAGCGAGAUCAGCUCCGAGGUCAGUGCUUCCGAGAUGAGCUCCGAAGUGGGAUCCACCGCGUCCUCAGACGAGCCGCAGCUCCUGCUGCAGGAGGCGCAGCUCCACCUUCAUCCGCCGCAGCUGCAGCUGAACCCGCGCCUCCCCUGCUGCACGCUCCACCUCGCUCCCAACUCCGGAAGCUCCUUCCAGAGGCAGCUUUCCAGCGCCACUUUCUCCAGCGCGCUCUCAGACAACGGCUUGGACAGCGAGGACGAGGAGCCCAUCGCCGGUGUCUUCUCCAACGGCAGUCGGGUGGAGGUGGAAGCCGAUGUCCACUGUCUGCUGCCUCCACCUCCUCCACCCUGCACCCCGGAGAAGCUUCCGGAGGAGGCCGGGAAUCUCGCAGGAGCUGACGCUUGGAGCAAGACCUUGGGGAAGCGGAGGGGAAACGGCUCGGUGGCGCCGCAGGAGCAGAGCCACAACCUGAUUGAGGUGGCGGCUGAAGCUCCUUCAAAGAAACCUGGGGGUUACUUCACGGCGCCUUCUCAACCCGACCCCGACGACCAGUUCAUCAUCCCUCCGGAGCUGGAGGAGGAGGUGAAGGAGAUCAUGAAACAACAUCAGCAGGACAAGAGCGAGCGACCUGCGGACUGCUACGACACGCCGCUCUGAAGCAGGCGCUGCAUUCUGUCGUCAUCUACUCCGCCUGAUCUUGUCCAUAGCUCUUGAACGUAGGGCUGGGCGAUACAGCAAAAAGAUCAAUCUUGAUAGCAAUGUCGAUUUUAAUUAGUCAACUUAAAAACGUAACUACAUGAUUCAAGUAACAUUCACUUUCUUACAAACUUGCAAAACCAUGCAUUUAAAGAAAGCUCUUUUUCAAGUGUACCACACGUUUUAGAAGUCAACUCAAAAAGUCAAGGCGAUUCAAAUCAAAAUGACUCAAAGUAUAACAGCAUUAGUAUGCGAUUAUAGCUUUCAGUCUGUCAGCAACUUGCAAAAAUCAAAUAUCAGACAUACAGCAGUAGUUCUGCACAGGUUUCUGCUUUUCCAGUGUUUUUAUAUGUAAACCUGCGCUUUGACCAUUGGGCUCGCGUCUUUUGCAGCAUUACGCACAUGAAAUGGCAUUCUAAGAAUGUGGUGCUCGAGUUAAAAGCAGCUCAACUCGCGUCUCUUAACCUUGUGUUUUUCCUGUUCCACUGCAGCGCCUCGUGUUUUCAGCGCAGAAACAAAUUCUGUGUGAAUAUUUGCAAUAUGUUACACUCCUUCAAAGAGCGCGUCACGCGCUUUAUCAGCUGUUAGCACUGGCGGAUUGUCAGCGUGUCUAAUUGUACAUUUGCUAAUAUUUUUAUUCAAACCCGGAGAAACAUUACAUUCAAAUGAAUCAAUAAAACGGAAAAAUCGCCCAACCCUACGUGCAGACUCUCACCCCAAACUAAAGCGUUUCUUGCACUAAUAAUGCACUUGCUGCAAUGUGAGGCUGAGUAAAUGAAGACUGAAUGAAGUCAACAGAGCGGAGCAUCUUCUGCUCGCAGCUUCACUGCAGUCAACUAAUAUGAAGACCUGCGACGCCAACAAGAUCUCAACCAAUCCCUUUAAGAGAAGGCGAGCGUGACCCGUGCCUCACCCGUUUAAGUGUUUCACUACUGAUCACUGACUGUUUCACUUUUAUUUACCUUAAACACGAUACCUAUAUAAUUCAACACUAGUCUUGGGAUGUUAACUGUCCUUACCAACGGCAAGACUCUGGACAUUUUGAUUUCGUACUUUAGUUACCAUAUCUUUUUAUGCGAGAGAAGCUACAACAGACUUAAAAACAGGAGAUUGUGUUGUACGGUACACACUAGUAAAACCACGCUUAACUGUUGUAGAUAGGGCACUUAAAGUAAUACUGUAUCUCUUCAGUAAAUCAAGGCUUCGUGCCUGUAUAAAAACUAGAAAUUUAGUGGAAAUUUGAAAGACUAACUCCUAGGAGUUGCUUACUCUUUUAUGGUGACUUCGUCACUUUUUACUAAUCUUCUCUGCGAGAAAUGGUGAUUUUUUUUCUCUUUCCAAUGAUUGUAAAUAGGAAAAAUAUUGUAUACCAAUGCUUUUUAAGGGAACUGUGUGUCUAGAAUGAGAUGACCCUUUAUGCAUACAUGCCAACAGAUGUAUAUGUACCAGAAGCAUAUACACACACACACCACCUGUAAAUGAACUGUGCUGUCGUCACUCGCUGAUCAAUGAGCCAUACACACGCACACACACAGACACACACACUCAAACACUCUUACACUCACACACACACACACACU